GCCAAAAUGAAGCCUCUACAGGUCUCUGUGUCCUGCUUGCUCUCCCUGCUUGUCCUGGUCGCUGCAGACCUAGUGGUGGAGGCCUCCAGCCCCGAUGAGCUGCAUCUCCACGUGCCGCUCUCCUGUGACCUCUCCUGUGACUCCACAGAUGACCAUGGAGGCCAAAGCUCCUCCAACGACACCCCGGCCCCAGGCUCCGUGUGUCAGUCCUGUAACCCCCCACGAAGUCUUGCUACACCGGCCGAAGAGGAGCCCCUAGCCUCCACAGAGGAGGUCCCCAUGGAGAAGUUGGCGAGCGAGGAGGAGGAGGCUGCAUCUGAGGAGGUGGUAGCUGAGGAAGAAUCUUUGGAGUCUGCAGAGACUUCAGAGGAGGUCCAAGCAUCAGAGGAGAGAGUGGAGGAAGCUGCCUCGUCUGAGGAGGAAGAACUGGAGGGAGCUGCCUCGUCUGAAGAAGAAGUAGUGGAGGAAGCUCCCUCGUCUGAAGAAGAGGUUGUAGAGGAGGUUGAGGCAGAACAUGAAGCUGAGGAAGAAAAGGUUGUAGAGGAAGAGGAAGCAGUUGAGGAAGCUGUGGCCAUGGAGGAUGAAGUGGAGGUAGUUGAAGAGGAAGUAGAGGAAACAAUAGAAGAACCUGCAGUAGAUGAACCUGUUGUUGAGGAGGUAACGAUUGAGGAGGUUGCCGAGGAGGAGGCAGUAGAGGAGGCAGUAGAGGAAGAAGUAGUAUUAGUGUCUGAACCUGUGGUGGAACCCAAGCUGGUUGAAUCUGAGCCAGAACCUGUGGUGGAACCUGAAGUGGUUGAACCCGAGCCAGAGAUGGUGGUCGAGGAGGUGGCUCCAGAACCAGAGCCUGUUGUAGAGGAAGCUGCUCCGGAACCUACUCCGGAAGCUGCGGAAGCCGCUCCAGAACCUGGAGAAGCAGGUGAGGUGGUUGUGGAGGCAGUGAAGGAGGAGGAGCUGGUGGAGGAGGAGCUGGUGGAGGAGGUGGCAGCUGUUUUGGAGGAGGUACAUGUUUUUGAGGAGGAAGCGGUGGUGGAAGAGGAGGCACCUGUUGUUGUUGUUAAGGAGGAUGCGACUGUUGUUGAGGAGGCGCCUGUUGAGGAUGUGACAGUGGAGGAUGCACCAGCAAAGGCAGAAGCACCAGCAAAAGUGGUUGAGGAGGCAACAAAGCUCAGAGACUGCUCCCACAUCGAUGAGAUGCUCCGAUUGGUUUCUGCCGAAUCCUCGCCUGAGUUCGCAGCUGCUAUAAAGAAGCUGCAGCACAUCUACCACUCAGCCAUCAAGCCCAUGGAGAUGGCCUACAAGUACAACGAGCUCAGAGCUCACGAGGUCACAGAUGGAGAGAUCACCUCCAAGCCCAUGGUACUGUUUCUGGGACCCUGGUCUGUAGGCAAAUCAUCCAUGAUCAACUACCUGCUGGGCGUGCACGGUACCCCACAACAACUUUACACAGGUGCUGAGCCCACAACAUCUGAGUACACAGUGGUGAUGCACGGUGACAAGUUCCGCUCGGUGGAGGGCAUCGUGAUGGCAGCCGACAGCUCCAGGUCCUUCUCCCCUCUGGAGAAGUUUGGCCAGGGGUUCCUGGAGAGGCUGGUGGGGAUUGAGAUGCCCCAUAAACUGCUGGAGAGAGUCACCCUGGUGGACACGCCUGGGAUUAUUGAGAACCGCAAGCAGCAGGAGAGAGGCUACCCCUAUAGCGAGGUGUGUCAGUGGUUUAUUGACCGUGCUGACCUCAUCUUCCUGAUGUUUGACCCCACCAAGUUGGACGUGGGCGGGGAGCUGGCGACGUUGUUCAAACAGAUGAAGGGCCGAGAGUCCCAGAUCCGCAUCAUCCUGAACAAGGCAGACAGCCUGUCCUCCCAGGACCUGAUGCGUGUCUACGGCGCCCUGUUUUGGUCCAUGGCUCCUCUCAUCAACGCCACAGAGCCUCCCCGGGUCUACGUCAGCUCCUUCUGGCCCACAGAAUACGCAGCCGACACCAGCCGAGAGCUCUUCAUACGGGAGGAGAUCUCACUGCUCGAAGACCUCAACCAGGUAAUUGAGAACCAGCUGGAGAACAAGAUAGCCUUCAUCCGCCAGCACGCCAUCCGGGUCAGGAUCCACGCCCUGCUGGUAGAUCGCUACCUCCAUACAUACCACGAGAAGCUGGGCUGGUUCAGCGACCCCGACGAGGUGUUCAGGGACAUCGUCUCAGACCCUGACAAGUUCUACAUCUUCAAGUCCAUCCUGGCCAAGACCAAUGUGAGCAAGUUUGACCUGCCAGACAAAGAGGCCUACCAGGACUUCUUUGGCAUCAACCCUCCAUCAGGCUUUAAGCAGCUGUCCUCCCUCUGUUCCUGGUCGUCAGGCUGUCUGAUUGACAAGAUAGAGAAAGCUAUCACUGUGGAGCUCCCUGCCCUACUGAUUAGCCUGGGAAAGAAAGACAGUCCACCCCCAGCCAAGGCCACCCCAGCCCCUCCACCCCCACUUCCUGAGGCAAAACCCAAGAACCGCUGGCGAAAGGAUUGAGGAGGAGAGAUGAAGAGAGGGAUGAAUGGAGAGAAGAGGACGGGGAGCAAAAGAAGGAAGAAAAAAAAGGAGGGAGGCCGAAGCCAGAGGCUGUACUGGGGUGACUCCACUUCUGAGUUUGUCUGGACUGGACAUGGGGAAGAGAGGAGAGAGGGAUGGGGUGGAGGAUGGGUGGAGGAUAGGAAAUAUAGCUGGGGAAAAGGGGGAUUGAAGCCACAUGAAGCAAAUGGGAACCUGGCAGGCCCAUUAGAAAUAAUCCAACUGGAGAAAAAAAUACGGAAACAAGUUUUUAAACUAUUUAAAUCAGAGACUCUUAUCUUCCUAAGUGUUAUUAUUUAACUCCGAACGAAAACAGGGAAAUAUAAACAAGAGUUUGUUUUAUUUCUGUUUGUUUGCUAGUUUGUUUAUUUUAUUUAUUCAAGUUUUUCUCUUCUUCUUCAUCCGUAGACAAGGAGGAAAAAUACCAGCGAUCAGUUACAGCAUAAUAUUCUAUUCUAUUGUCUUUAUUGUCAUUUCAAAAGGGUCUGGAUUUCUGUGCUCUUUACCAGCAGUCAGUUACAGCAUUCUUCUAUUGUAUUGUAUUUUAUUGUCAUUUCUAAACUACAGCUUAUCUUCGUUGUCAGUGCAGUAUGUCAUUGCUGUGUAAGAACACAUUUGUACAUUGAUGCCAGUUAAAUGGGCUGUAGCCUUCUCUUCCUGUUGUUAUAGCUUUGCCUCAAUAUGCUGCAUGUUAAAGUGUCAUUAAAGUUGUAUUUUAUCCUUGUA